GAAAGUCCUGGAGUUCUACUCACUGAAUGAAGAUUCUGAAACAAUGACAGCCUAGCAGAAAAUAUCUCCAAUCAAGCAAACAUGGGAACUCAACAUGUUCUCUCAUUUCACACUAAUGGGAUGUGAGCCUGGAAGCAUAAUUGGAAUCCCAUGAAUACUAACAUUAUACAUAGGAAUUUCUCUUUAAGAAUGAUGAAAAUAAAAAACCCAAGCACAGCAGGUAAAAGUACUUUGGAGCACUGUGCUAGUGUAUUGAGAGUAGGAAAGUAAAACAGGCCACACUUCUUUGCCAAAGCCAAUCAAAGGACAAAAACAAGGCACAGUGUCUGCUCCACAGAUAGCUGUCUCCUCAUCUUGCUCUGUGCCUUUAACUACAAAACAAGAGAGGACAGAAGUAGGAAGUGUGGGAGAUGCUCCUGGGCCAGGGGCCUUCAAGAGGCUGAGGAGAAGGAGGAGGUGGAAGAAGCUGCCAAGAAAAGUCACAGUUGAGGAAACAAAUUAGGUGUGACAUUGGGAACCUGUCAUGCCAUUUGGAAGGAAAGAAGAAUGUGCCAGCAGAAAGAAAUUCAAGUGGAUCCACAUUUCUGUACCCAAAAAGAAGUUUGAAUCCACACCAGGUUUCAUUAGGGCUUGUAAACAAUGGAAAAAUAUGGUAUCAAGUUUUCGAGUUUCUGAACUACAAGUGUUGUUGGGCUUUGCUGGACGUAAUAAAAGUGGGCGCAAACAUGACCUCCUGAUGAGGGCACUGCAUUUAUUGAAGAGUGGCUGCAGCCCAGCAGUUCAAAUUAAAAUCCGAGAGCUUUAUAGGCGUCGGUACCCAAGGACUAUUGAAAGUCUGUCUGACUUGUCACCUAUAAAACCUUCAGUUUUCAAUUUGGAUAGUAGCUCCUCUCCUGUGGAACCUGACUUGACUGUUGCUGGAAUCCACCCACUACCUUCUACUUCAGUCACUCCUCAAUCCCCUUCAUCGCCUGUUGGUUCUGUGCUGCUUCAAGACACUAAGCCUCACUUUGAGAUGCAGCAACCAUCACCUCCAAUUCCACCUGUCCAUCCUGAUGUUCAGCUAAAAAGCCUCCCAUUUUAUGAUGUGCUUGAUGUUCUCAUUAAACCUACAAGUUUAGUACAGAGCAGUAUUCAGAGGUUCCAAGAGAAGUUUUUUAUCUUUGCUUUAACACCUCAGCAAGUCAGAGAAAUCUGCAUUUCCAGGGACUUCUUGCCAGGGGGCAGGAGGGAUUACACAGUCCAAGUUCAGCUAAGGUUAUGCCUAGCAGAGACUAGCUGCUCUCAAGAAGAUAACUAUCCCAAUAGUUUGUGCAUUAAAGUAAAUGGGAAGUUAUUUCCAUUGCCGGGAUAUGCACCACCACCAAAAAAUGGGAUUGAGCAGAAGCGACCCGGCCGCCCAUUGAAUAUUACAUCUCUAGUUAGAUUAUCCUCAGCAGUGCCAAACCAGAUCUCCAUUUCUUGGGCAUCUGAAAUUGGAAAGAAUUACUCCAUGUCUGUAUAUCUCGUUCGGCAGCUUACUUCAGCCAUGCUUUUGCAGAGGUUAAAAAUGAAAGGUAUCAGAAACCCAGACCAUUCCAGAGCACUAAUUAAAGAAAAGCUGACCGCUGAUCCUGAUAGCGAAAUUGCCACAACCAGUUUGCGGGUGUCUCUGAUGUGUCCUCUGGGAAAAAUGAGACUGACAAUCCCAUGCCGUGCUGUUACCUGCACACAUCUGCAAUGUUUUGAUGCUGCUCUUUAUCUACAAAUGAAUGAAAAGAAGCCAACCUGGAUUUGUCCUGUCUGUGACAAAAAGGCAGCUUAUGAGAGUCUAAUAUUAGAUGGGCUCUUUAUGGAAAUCCUUAAUGAAUGUUCAGAUGUGGAUGAGAUUAAAUUCCAAGAGGAUGGUUCUUGGUGUCCUAUGAGGCCUAAGAAGGAAGCUCUGAAAGUGUCCAGUCCUCAGUGUACCAAAAUAGAAAGUUCCAGUGUUGUCAGCAAACCAUGUUCUGUGACAGUGGCCAAUGAGGUAAACAAGAAGAAAGUAGAUGUUAUCGACUUGACAAGAGAAAGCUCUUCCGAUGAAGAGGAAGAUCCUCCUGCCAAAAGGAAAUGCAUAUUUAUGUCUGAAACACAAGGAAGCCCAACCAAAGGGGUUCUCAUGUAUCAGCCAUCUACUGUAAGAGUGCCCAGUGUGACAACGGUUGAUCCUGCUGCUAUUCCUCCUUCAUUAACAGACUACUCAGUACCAUUCCACCACUCUCAAAUAUCCAGUAUGUCGUCAGACUUGCCAGGUUUGGAUUUUCUUUCACUAAUCCCAGUUGAUCCACAGCAGUACUGUCCUCCCAUGUUUUUGGAUAGUCUCACUUCAACCUUAACAAGCAGCACCCCUGGCAAUAUCAUCACAUCUACCAGCCACCAAGAGAGCAGCACUCACGUUAGUUCUUCAAGCAGGAGUGAGACAGGAGUCAUAACCAGCAGUGGGAGCAGCAUUCCUGACAUCAUCUCAUUGGACUGAAACACUGGCAGCAAAAAAACUCUAGGAGUAAUUGCACAAAGCUGCUUGUCAUGACUGGAGAAGGAACUGCAGUGUCUUGGAAGCUAUUUUGAUAUUUAUUAAAAAGACAGAUUGAUUCUGUUGCCUUCUGAAAGUCAAGUAAAACUACAUCUACAGUAGGAACUGAAAUGAUUAGGACCUUUUUUUUUUUCUUGGUCAAAAUAUUUGGAGUGUAAAAGACAGUCAGAACAAAUGUACCAUUUGGCUUGUUCUGGGGAAACUGACUUUGUUUUGUUGUUGGAUGGACUCCUACACAGCAAUAAUGUAAAAAACAAACUUUUUUUUUUUAAAUAAAAAAGGCACUUAACCACUCUAGAAUGAAAACAGCAUAUGUUUAUCCUGGAUACAAGAAAAAGGUGCAGAAGUCUGCAGUGUUGAAUUCUUUCACUGCAGCCUGUAAUAAACUUCAUUUACAAUAAUGA